AUGAACACAAGAACAUCAGAAGAGCGUGCAUGCGAAAACCACUUCAACGAAACUUACAAGAGAGAUCCGGACGGUAGAUUCAUCAUAACGUUACCAAUCAAGACGGACGUUCUCAACAAUUUGGGGCAUUCAAGAGAUAUCGCGACACAACGAUUGCACAGCUUGGAAAGAAGACUAGAACGAAAGUCUCAAUGCAGACUUGAAUACAAUAAGUUUAUGCGCGAAUAUCAAGAAUUAGGACAUAUGCGCAAGCUUAAAGAGCCUGUCAAUGAGGAGAUAACUCACUUCUACAUGCCACGUCAUUGUGUCAUCAAACAUAGCAGUACAAAAUUGAGAGUAGUCUUCGACGCUUCGAGCAAGACUACAAGCAGCAUUUCACUGAAUAAUGCACUUAUGGUAGGUCCAGUACUACAGCAGGAUGGUCUGUCAAUGUUGCUACUCUUUCGAACAUACGAUUACGUGUUGACGGGAGAUUUUAAAAAGAUGUAUAGACAAAUUCGCAACAUGGAAGAACAAACUACAAAGGAUCUUAUGGAGAGAAAACACAUCAGACAACAUUGA